CAUUUAAAUUGUGUUUAAGCGCACACAUGCAGGCGUAACACACACACACUGGCAUAUUCGCACACACACCAAACAGACGCUGUCGGCGACCUCGAAUGGGAAGAAGAAGCAGUAAAGUUAACACGAACUUACGAACUGGCAAACUCCAAAACGUUUGCAGUUCCCUACAAAAUCGUUCAGCAGCAUUUGGCUGCCAUCAGGUGCUCCUAGCUCUCGGUGUCAGUGCCCCUUCGAGCUCCCCGCAUCGAGUUUGAUUAAAAGUUAUUAUUUUUCGUUUUCCAUUUUUGACACUGUCUACGUCUAACGGGACUAGCCAGCACCAGAAAACAGUGCGAGCCAGAGAGGGCAGGACUACACACAGCAACACAUUGCAAACAACGCAGCAGCGACUCGAGGCAGUCCAGGUCCAGGAAUCAAGAUGGACAUGAUUACGGUGGGACAGAGUGUGAAGAUCAAGCGCACCGAUGGCCGCGUCCACAUGGCCGUGGUGGCGGUGAUUAAUCAGGCGGGCAAGUGCAUCACAGUCGAAUGGUACGAGCGCGGCGAGACGAAAGGCAAAGAGGUGGAAUUGGACGCCAUAUUGUCGCUGAAUCCAGAGCUAACCGCCGAUGCUGUGGAGCAGCAUGCCGCUCCCGAGCCGAAGAAGCAGGCCACCGCCCCGAUGAAUCUAUCGCGUAACCCCACGCAGUCCGCCAUCGGCGGUAAUAUCACCAAUCGGAUGACCCUGGUCGGCCCCCAUAUGAACAAGAUCCAAGAGGCGGCAUCGAUCCCACAGCCGCUGGGCAACAGCCAGUCAACCAACACGAUCAACAAUACAAAUAGCAACAUAACCGUUCCGUCAACGGGAACGGGCCUGCAGAGACCCCGUUUCUUGCAGUCCACCAGCACGACCGGCGUCGGCCAGCAGACGCGCAUUGCCUCAGCCGCUUCCAAUAGCACAAGCAAUACAGGACCGUCAGCCGCUGCUGCUGCAUUAUCACAGGCCCAGGCUCAAUCGCAGGCGAGCAACACCACAUCGCAGGGCGGUGCCGGUGGAUCCCGACGUUCGCAUGCUCUUAAGGAGGUGGAGCGGCUUAAAGAGAACCGUGAGAAGCGACGAGCCCGUCAAGCAGAGAUGAGGGAGGAGAAAGUGGCGGCGAUGAACCAGGAUCCAGGCAAUCCCAACUGGGAGACGGCGCAGAUGAUUCGAGAGUACCAGAGCACAAUGGAGUUCGUGCCGCUGCUCGACGGACAGUCUGUGGAUGAUCAUCAGAUUACGGUCUGUGUGCGCAAGCGCCCCAUUAGCCGCAAGGAGAUAAAUCGCAAGGAGAUCGACGUUAUCUCGGUGCCGCGCAAGGACGUGCUCAUCCUGCACGAGCCACGCGCCAAGGUGGACCUCACCAAGUUCCUUGAGAAUCACAAGUUUCGCUUCGACUACGCCUUCAACGACACGUGCGACAAUGCCAUGGUGUACAAAUACACAGCGAAGCCAUUGGUAAAGACCAUCUUUGAGGGUGGCAUGGCCACUUGCUUCGCCUAUGGCCAGACUGGCUCUGGUAAAACGCACACCAUGGGCGGCGAGUUCAAUGGAAAGAUCCAGAACUGUAAGAAUGGCAUUUAUGCCAUGGCCGCUAAGGACGUAUUUGUCACACUGAAUACGCCCCGUUAUCGAUCAAUGAACCUGGUCGUCUCGGCCAGCUUCUUUGAGAUAUACAGCGGCAAGGUGUUUGAUCUCUUGGCGGAGAAACAGAAGCUUCGCGUCCUGGAGGAUGGCAAGCAGCAGGUUCAGGUGGUGGGCCUUACCGAGAAGGUGGUGGACAGCGUCGAAGAGGUGCUGAAGCUUAUCCAGCAUGGCAAUACAGCACGAACAUCCGGCCAGACGUCGGCCAACGCAAACUCGUCGCGUUCGCACGCCGUCUUUCAGAUUGUACUCCGACCCAUGGGCUCCACCAAGAUCCAUGGCAAGUUUUCGUUUAUCGAUUUGGCUGGCAACGAGCGUGGCGUGGACACAUCGUCGGCCGACCGACAGACUCGCCUGGAGGGCGCAGAGAUCAACAAAUCACUCUUGGCCCUCAAGGAGUGCAUCCGAGCGCUAGGAAAGCAGUCUGCCCAUUUACCCUUCCGCGUUUCGAAGCUAACUCAGGUCUUGCGCGACUCGUUCAUUGGCGAAAACAGUAAGACCUGUAUGAUUGCCAUGAUUUCGCCAGGUUUAAGCUCGUGCGAGCACACGCUGAACACACUACGCUACGCGGACCGAGUGAAGGAGCUGGUGGUCAAGGAUGUGGCCGAAAUUGGAGGUCCGAUCGGUGAUACUUGUGAGGCGAUCGAAAUCAUGGACGACGAGGAGGAGGAAGACCUCAAUCAUCAGGUGCAUCCGCACUCGCACCAGCAUCCGCAGGCCUCCCAGUCGCUGCGACACUCUACCGCGGGUCUAAACAACAACAACAACAAUAACAAUAAGAAUGGAAAUGCCGGAAACAUGGACCUGGCCAUGCUGAGUUCGCUGAGCGCAGUCAAGAUCCCUUACAGAACUGUCAGUCCCGUUUCGUUAGUUUUACAAAGAAAGCACGAUCUAGAACACGACAUGUCCGACGAGCUUAUCGUGCAGCACCAGGCAAUUGACGACCUGCAACAGACGGAGGAGAUGGUGGUGGAGUAUCAUCGGACUGUAAACGCCACCCUGGAGACCUUUUUGUCCGAAUCGAAGGCUCUGUACAACCUUACCAACUAUGUGGACUACGAUCAAGAUGCAUACUGCAAGCGCGGCGAAUCGAUGUUCUCGCAGCUCCUAGACAUAGCCAUCCAGUGCCGUGACAUGAUGGCUGAGUAUCGGGCCAAACUGGCGAAGGAGGAGAUGCUCUCUUGCAAAUUGAAUCCGAAUAGCAAGCGUUAGUGAUGAUUCCCCCGUUUUCCUCAUCCAAACUGAAUCAAAAUUCUCACUCCACACACACACACACUCCAACUUUCCUACAUAACUCUUAAUUCUCUCUGGCGACUUCUUACUUAUAUAUUUUUUUAUCGGCACUGUUACACUUUGAAUUCGUAAAGGAUCCAUGGCUUAUCCUGCUGCUUCUGGAAUAGCCACUACACACUACCUUCCAUCUGCGCAUUUUAAUACUCAUAACAGGCUAUAGAUUAGUCGUUUCAAAAAUUCAUUGAGUGCACAGCCACUGGACAAUGAGAAAGCCAGACGGAAAGCCAGAGAGAUAUACACACACUGCAAAAGGAAUGUAAAUCAGAGAAUAAAGCACUUUCCUGGGCCCUUUUUACCAAUUCUUCGUAGUCUAGCCUCAUUCUUUCUAGCCGAUUUGAGCGGUAGAGUUCAAAUAAAUAAAGACUUGUCGGAGGGACUUCCCUGAGAUCGCCGGUCUAUUAAGUUUUUAAACUAAUUCGUAAUCGCAGAAGGCAUGUCAUCAGAUGUAUACUUUAGUAACUAGGCACGAGAAGAGAUUUACCAUAAUUUACACACAACGAACACCCACA